AUGACUACCUGCCCUAAGUCGCUAUCUCGCCGCGGCGAGUCGCUAUCUCGCCGCGGCGAGAUAGCGACUCGCCGCGGCGAGAGGAAAGCGACCGCCGCGGCGGACGAGAUCGCGACUCGCCGGCGAGAUCGCGACUCGCCGCGGCGAGAUCGCGACUCGCCGCGGCGAGAUCGCGACACUCGCCGCGGGCGAGAUCGCGACUCGCCGCGGCGAGAUCGCGACCCGCGGCGAGAUCGCGACUCGCCGCGGCGAGAUCGCGACUCGCCGCGGCGAGAUCGCGACUCGCCGCGGCGAGAUCGCGACUCGCCGCGGCGAGAUCGCGACUCGCCGCGGCGAGAUCGCGACUCGCCGCGGCGAGAUCGCGACUCGCCGCGGCGAGGAUCGCGACUCGCCGCGGCGAGAUCGCGACUCGCCGCGGCGAGAUCGCGACUCGCCGCGGCGAGAUCGCGACUCGCCGCGGCGAGAUCGCGACUCGCCGCGGCGAGAUCGCGACUCGCCGCGGCGAGAUCGCGACUCGCCGCGGCGAGAUCGCGACUCGCCGCGGCGAGGAUCGCGACUCGCCGCGGCGAGAUCGCGACUCGCCGCGGCGAGAUCGCGACUCGCCGCGGCGAGAUCGCGACUCGCCGCGGCGAGAUCGCGACUCGCCGCGGCGAGAUCGCGACUCGCCGCGGCGAGAUCGAGACUCGCCGCGGCGAGAUAGGAGCUUUUUUUUUUUAA